UUUGGAGGUCCAGGAACACGGCUUAUUGGAUAUUUAUUACCGCACAUCUUCCUCAACAGCUGUGGCCUACAGCUGAAUGCGAGCCGGGUCGACUCCAAGCACCUUGGAGCCAAGUGGUCUGUAGCGGCACCUUUUGCACCGGCCUCGUCUUUUCAUCUCAAGGAUGAUGAUGAACAAAUUACGAAUAUUCAACACACCAGGUCGCUUUCGUCUCACAAAGGACUGGCAACAAUUGCCAACUACACCAUUAUUGCCUUACUUGCCUCGCAAUAAACAUUUCAACACAUUUAAACCGUUCUUGGCCAGCCAACCUUCGACGAGGUGCAUUCAUACGGCUGAAGACAGUUUUGAGGCGGAUAAACUGUGCUCUGCGUUUGGCGUACAACACCUGGCCAAGAAGAGAACCGCUCAAUCAAACGAGACAUUACCAGGCCCCUCAGAACCGUCUCACCAGGCGGCUGGAGAACAGGACAGGGUGGGUUCCGCUGGAAAGGUUCAAAGGGACAGCAACAACGAGAACAAAAAGCAGGAGCAAAGGAGGUGUCAAAGGUUGGGUCAACAACACCAAAACAAACCACAACAACAACAGCAACAGCCUCGUGACAAUCUUAAGGCACAAACACGGCAAACAGUGGACCAAAUGGAUCCCAAUCACUUCGGCUACCAGCCGGGUUACCCGCCAAUAUGGCAGGGGGAGUUUGUUCAGCAGCAGCAACAACAACAACAAUAUCAAUACCAAAACCAACAGCACUUUCCUCAGCAAGAGCAAUAUGGCAUGGGAUAUGCGCCGCCCCCAAAUAUCGGCUAUGGCUUCAUCCCUCCUACUCAUCUCAACGCCUUCGCCCCAGGAAUGACCAUACCGCAUUGGCAACAACCUCUGCCGCCGUUCUACUCGGGAGCAGGAACACGAAGUUACCACACCAACACCAACAACAGGCCCCAAGUUCCUCAGCCCGCUGAUUACUAUCGCUCCAGGAGUCCCGGACCCUACUCACGAGCAAGACAAUACAGCAAUAGCAACAACAACACCUACACCAACAACACACACCCAGACUUUUAUCGCCCCAGGAGUCCUGGACCUUACCCACGAGGAAGACGAGGACAGUACAACAACAGCAACAAUAACAUCAAUAACCACCAUAGCCAGCAACAGCAAAUACCACCCACCUCCAGACCCUCUCAUCCCCCCAAGCUCAACAAGAAGGCCAAAGCCCGCGAAGCAGCAGCCCGCGAAGCCUUAGCCCAAGCCCAACGCACCACCAUGAUGCCCGCAUCAUCCUCUUUCAUCCCGCCGCAAGGAGGCACCCCGCGAGAAGCCCGGGACCCCAUCGUGCCUCCCUCGCGCGCCUCAGGCGGUGUCCCCGAGCCCAGCCAUGCCUACAAGAUACGGGCCUCCUUCCUCGCUCGAGAGGUCCCCCAGCCGCGUCCGAUUCUGGUGGUGAUCGACCUGAACGGCACGCUCUUGCACCGGCCCAGCCGCAAGCGGCCCUCCAAAUUCGUCGAGCGGCCCUUUGCCAGGGACUUUUUGAAAUACUGCAUCGACACGUUCAAGGUGGUGAUCUGGUCCAGCGCCCGGCCGCAGAACGUGGAGAUGAUGUGCCAGCAGCUGUUGACGGAGGAGCAGUUGGGCAAAGUGGUGGCGAUCUGGGCACGGGACAAGUUCGGGCUGACGCAGGCAGACUUUAACACGCGGGUGCAGUGCUACAAGCGGUUGACGAUGCUGUGGGACGAUCCGACGGUGGCGGCGUCAAACCCGGAGGGAGAGCCGUGGAAUCAGGGCAAUACGGUGCUGAUUGACGACAGCGCGGAAAAGGCGAGGAGCGAGCCGUAUAACUGCAUUACGCUGCCGGAAUUUGUGGGAGAUUUGAACGAGAAGCCGGAGGUGCUGCCGAUGGUGCGUGAAUAUCUUAACAGUCUAGCCCACCAGGCGGACAUCAGCACUUAUAUCAGGGUGAAGCCAUUCAACAUCAGCGAGGAUAGCAGCGGGGCUGUAACUGGAGACGAGGGCGUUGCUCUCGCUUCUACUCCAGCUGCGGCUCAAUAGGAAUGUUCAGGAUAGAGCAUAGGGAAUAAUGGGAUGGGAGUUUUCGGUUGGACAUGGUCAUACCCGGUAGACUAGACUGGUUACAGCGAAUACGACUUUGAAAUGAGGAUAACGUUCACGGAACAUGCAUGGUUCACCACACUUGAUUAUGCAUUUACAGGAAGGGAAUAGCAAUUGGCCAUGAAAACAACUUUUAUCGGAGAUUUCGACAGGUUACUAGCAUCUACUGAAGACUCAUUCAUCGGCGACGACUAUCC